AAUAGGUAGGAGCAUAUAAACAAGAUGACUAUAUAUUCAUGAAUAAAAGCUUCUACAUGUGUCUUUCUUUUUAAAUCUACUCCUAUCUUUAAUUCUACCAUCAUCUUUCAUAUCAUUCAAAUUUCAAACACAUAGAAUACAAUGUAUACAUCUAAGGUUACACCACCCAAAACACUAGAAACCAAGCAACCACAAGAAAGAACCAACAAUGGAAUUGGUGAGUCGUUUAGAGUAUUGUACUACGGGAGUGCAUCAGCAGGAUCUGUGCCGUUUAUGUGGGAGUCCCAACCUGGUACGCCGAAGCAUACACUCGCCGAAUCAUCUCUCCCCCCUCUCACUCCCCCUCCGUCGUACUAUCAAAAGUACGACUCAUCAAUGCAAGUUACUAACCAACACUCUUCAACAAGAUCCGGGUUUUUCCGUACCAUUUUUCUUCAUUCAUCCCGAAAAAAGAACAUUGCGGUACCGCCAUCAUCCUCUCUGUCAUCGUCUUCCAUCUCCUCUUCCUCCUCUUCCUCGUCGCAUUUGCAUUCUUGGCAGUCAACUCCAAUGAAGUUUGGGUUGGAGAACGAUGAGCAUUCGGGUGAUUCGCCAACUUCUACGCUGUGUUUGGGUGAGUUUAAGAGAAGUUACAGGAUUAAAAAGAUGAAGAAAGCAAUGCUAUCGUUUGUACGUAAUGGUAAGGCAUGAUGAGAAUUCAAAGAUCUAUCUUUUUUUUUUUUGGAUAAAUUGUUCAUGGGUUAAUGAACUUUUGAAUCAUUGUUUCUCACUCUCUUGUAUUUGCAUGUUCAUGAAAAAAAAAUGUAGAAAUAAAUGGUUUUGAACAAAUUACUAUGAACUAUAUUGUGAAUUUGCUUUUUAUGUAUAUUAUCUUGUGUGAGAUAAA